AUGGGUGAAGAUAUUGCUGUUACAAAUUUUAGAAACUACAUUAGAAUUAAUACUGAACAACCAAAUCCAAAAUAUUAUGAAGCAAGAGAUUUUCUUUUUAAAUUGGGUAAAGAAUUAGGUUGUCAAACAUGGGAACAUGAAUGUGUAAAAGGUAAACCAAUAAUUGGGCUAACCCUUCCUGGAGCAGACAUUAAUUUGAAAGCAAUUUUAUUAUAUUCUCAUACAGAUGUUGUUCCAACGUCUAAAUCAGAUUGGAAAUAUGAUCCAUAUGAAGGGGUUAAAGAAGAAAAUGGACUUAUUUAUGGUCGUGGUACACAAGAUAUGAAAUGUGUUGGUAUUCAAUAUAUUGAAGCAUUAAGAAGAUUACAUCAAAAGGGUAUAAAACGCUUUCAAAGAACAAUACAUUUAAUAUUUGGACCUGAUGAGGAAAUUGGUGGUAAAGAUGGAAUGGAAAAGUUUGUUCAAACUGAAGAAUUCAAAAAACUUAACAUUGGUUUUGCUUUAGAUGAAGGCCUUGCUACCGAAGAUGAGGUUUUUAAAGUUUAUUAUGGAGAAAGAUGUCCAUGGUGGGUUAAAUUUACUUGCCAUGGAUCUCCAGGACAUGGAUCAAGAUUUAUUGAAGAUAAUGCAGCAGAAAAAUUACAAUAUAUUCUCAAUAAAGCAUUAGAAUUUAGAGCAUCAGAAAAAGCAAAGUUAGAAAGUGAUUCUAAUAAAAAUUUAGGAGAUGUAUCUACUUUAAAUGUGACAAUUAUUAAUGGAGGAGUUCAAGCUAAUUGUCUACCAACUGAAUUUGAAGUGACUAUUGAUAUGCGAGUAAAUCCAAAUUAUAAUUUUGAUGAAAUUGAAAAAAUGCUUGAUAAUUGGUCAAAAGAAGCUGGAAAAAAUGUUGAAUUAGAAUAUUUACAAAAACAUUACCCACCAUGUAAAGCCAUUUUUGAUAGAAAUAAUAAAUUUGUUAAUACAUUCGCUACAACACUCGAAAGUAUGGGAUGUAAAUAUGUCACUGAAAUAUUUACCGGUGCAACUGAUUCAAGAUUUAUAAGAAAAACUGGUAUACAAUCAAUUGGUUUCAGUCCAAUGAAUAAAACGCCUACACUCCUUCAUGAGCAUAAUGAAUGUUUGAAUGAAAGUAUUUUUUUGAAAGGAGUAGAAAUAUAUGAAAUUUCCUUCAUUGAAGCUGAUGACACUAUUACAUGUACACAAAAUCCUGAUUGUACGGGUGGUUUUAAAUGCAUGAAAGAUGUACCCAGAGCUUUAGAUAAUAGCCUAGAAAUGUAUUGUGUUAAUCAAUGUGUACCAAACAAAGUAGCUGAACAAUGUGGAGAUAGUGAAACCUGUGAAUUAAAAAAAGAUGUUAAUGAUGUAGAUUUCUUGACAUGUGUUAAGUCUGCUGAAUGUAUUAAUGAUAAUUAUUGUGAAAAAAUGAAUUCUCAGAAACCAAUUUGUAAUUUAUACACACUUAAGUGUGUAGAAAAAGAAGUUUCUACCACUACUACAAGUACUACUGCUAGAACAACUACAAAAACAUUGUGUAGAGAUUUAAUAGUUGGUGGUCGAAAUGAUUGUCAGGCUCAUGCAGCACAAUGCAAAGACCCAAUAUGGCUUGAUUUGAUGAAGUCUAAAUGUCCAAAAACCUGUGGUUACUGUGAUACAACGUCAGGUGGUACUAUUAUUUCUUCUGGUUGUGUAGAUCUUUCUCCUAAAUGCCCCAAUUUAAAACAUCUUUGUAAAAACUUAUUAUACAGAAAUCUAAUGAAACAACAAUGUCAAAAAACUUGUGGAUACUGUUAA